AUGCCGCGCUGCCUCAUGGCCAAGAAGUGGAAGGCGGCCCCCACGGCGGAGCUGGCCGAUGAGUCGGAGGAGGAGAUCGACGUUGUUGGCGAGGGGCGCGGCGGCAGCCCCGCGCCCGCUGCCACCGCGCCGGGCCCUUCGCCGAGGGACCCCGAGCCCACGCUCCUCUACAACGGUUACACCGAGGAGCAGCCUUCCACGCAGUUCACGGCUCAGCUCCCCAGCGAGCUGAGUCCGGCCGCCGGCGCCUCCCAGCCCGCCCCGCAGCCCUCUCAGCCUCUCUCUUAUGCUCUUCUGCAACUCUCCUCCGCCUCCGACUCCACAGAACAGCCCUUUCUCCAUGUGCAACUCCAGUCUUCGCCUGUCUCCCCUCCACCGCCACCGGCGAGCGGCAAGUCAAUAUCCAUGUGCUACACCAGCACCGGCGCCCUUCUCUCGUUGCCGCCGAAGAAAAAGGAUAUAUAUCGACCAUACUGCCUAGGCGAUCGCGCGGCUCACUUGAACCGGGCAGAAGAAGAUCUAAAUGCGGCACAUGCGAUUCUCGACCUCAGCCAGCACGCGGUCUACCUCACCACCCCGGCCCCGCCACGCGUGGAACCGUCACCUCCCGAGCCGCCGCCGCCACCACCAGAACCGCCUGCGCAGGAGCAGACCACCGAGCGGCCGCGCGAGACCGUCGCCUAUACCUACGACGCGUUCUUCGUGAGCGAUGGACGAUCUAAGCGGCGCAAUUUCGCUAGCGCCCCUGUUGAAAGUGCACAGCAACCAGAACCAAAAUCAAAAUACACGUGCAACGAAUGCGGCAAAAGAUAUGCCACAUCGUCUAAUCUGUCGCGGCACAAACAGACGCACCGCAGCCUUGACUCGGUGGCGGCCAAGCGGUGCGGCGAGUGCGGCAAGGCGUACGUGUCCAUGCCCGCGCUCGCCAUGCACGUGCUGACGCAUCAGUUAUCGCAUGUGUGCGGGGUGUGCGGAAAGUUAUUCUCAAGACCGUGGCUGCUGCAGGGCCACCUUCGCUCCCACACUGGCGAGAAACCCUAUGGGUGCGCCCACUGCGGGAAAGCGUUCGCGGACCGCUCCAACCUACGUGCUCACAUGCAGACGCACUCUUCUGAUAAGAACUUCGAGUGCGGGCGCUGCCACAAGACAUUCGCCCUCAAGAGCUACCUCAACAAGCACCAAGAGUCGGCGUGCGCCCGCGACGAGGACUCCCCGUCGCCCGAAGCGCCCGCCUCGGCCUCCGGCUAG